AUGUCCGGUUCACAGCGCGCCGGCUCUUUCAACACAAUGCUGCUCGAAGCGGCGCGCGUGAGGCUGAUGACAGAGGGCGCGGCGGGGUGCGAGGUGGUCGACCUCGCUGCGCUAGAGCUCCCUAUCUACAGCCAGGACAUCGAGGCAACCGGGAUGCCGCCGGCUGCGGUUGCGCUCAAGGAAAAGCUCACGAAUGCGACCGGCUUCGUGAUCUGCUGCCCCGAGUACAACGGGCUGCCCACGCCACUGCUCCUGAACGCGCUCACGUGGGCGACGCGCGGGGAUGGAGACAUGUACGCGGGUUUCAAGGGCAAAAUCGCCUCGUUGCUCUCGACGUCCCCGGGGCCGAUGGGCGGCUUGAGGAUGCAGCGGAUCAUGAGCGCGAUGUUGCGCGAUAUGGGCACGGUUCUCAUCCCCGGUCACGUGGCACUGGGAGGCUCAACGAAAAUCUUCGACAAGACGGGGGCCCUUGUUGAUGACGACAUGACGUCGCGCAUGCAAAGGUUGAGGCGCUGUGCGGGCAGUUGA